CUGGCUCUCUGAUAUCUCUGUCUCAGAGGGCUCUCUCGUCCCUCUGGCUGUCUGAUAUCUCUGUCUCAAUGUUACGCCGCCAAUGCCAAAUGAGAUUUGUCUUGUAUUAUUGCAUUGGCCGAGAACAUUUAAUGCAUGAGCCAUGACUAGUAUACCUGAGGUUCAAUUUUCAUCAUUUCGGAGAUCCCAUAUCCAGAUAUGUGAAAACAAAACCCUAAUCUCUUCUUCAAUCCCCACCGUUGAAUUCAUCAGUUCACUUCUACUUUAUAUACAACCCCCCUCUUCCUCCAUUUUCAGCUCACUCAAAUCCGAAAAAAUCUCGUUCCUCUCUUCUCAGUUUUUCAAUGGGUUCGAAAGCUCUAAAUCCUAAGGCUCAGCCUUUUUUCUUGAACCGUUUUCAGACGCCUUAUCUUCCUGCUUGGCCUGUAUGCGCAUAUCGAAUCGUUCAUCAGCCUAGAUCCUUUUUUUGCCAACUGAACUUGGUCCAACCCAACCCAACUACAAAAAGGGUGCCGAGAAAGAGUGUUGAGAGUAAGAGGAAUUUUGCUCCACCAAGGUCCAGAAACCCUUUGAAGAAGCUUGAAGAUGAGAACCAUGUAGUGGGUGCUCCUAGGGUUCUCGCCUGGGUGCCCAAGAAAGAUCUGCCGGCUGGGAAGAGGUAUACAGCGUCGUAUCGGAAGAUAAAGAAAGAUACUGUGCGCGGCUGUGAUGAUGGCGGUGGCAGUGGCGGUGGUUGUGUAAUUCCGUUUCCUGCAAGUCCUGAUCUGGAAAUUAGCUCCGGUCCUACCACGAUCAUGAUAAAAAACAUCCCAAACCAAUUUCAGAGGUGUGAUUUGCUGACCGUCCUGAGAAAUCACUGCCGUGAUGAGAACCUACAGGCUUGCACCGAAGGUGUUACCACGAAAUCUGAGUUCGAUUUUGUUUAUCUUCCAAUGGAUUUUAAGCAAUUUUGGAACCACAAGAGGACUGCCAAUCUGGGCUAUGCCUUUGUUAAUUUCACCAGUUUUACUGCUGCAAAGAGAUUUUACAAGAAGUUUCACAAUGAACAAUGGAAGGUCCGCUGCAACAAGAAAACAUGUGAAAUCACUUGCGCUAAGGUUCAGGGGCUCGAAGCACUGAAGAAGAACUUUGAGAGUAAAGUGUUUAGGUGCCACUCGGAGGAGUAUUUGCCUGCGGUGGUGGAACCUCCAUGUGACGGUGUUCUGCAGCAGCCCAAAGUCACUUCGGUGGGGACACGUGUAGGGUUGCCCUUUGUAGAUUAUUGAUAGGGUGAGAAGUGAGAGAUGUGAUCGUAGAGUGUGAGGAGAGAGUAGAUGGGAUGACCUGUGUUUUCACUCUCCCUAGCUUGAGUACUCUAAUUAGCACUUCUGAUUUGGUUGCAAUAUCUAGGGUGAAGUGAAAACAUAGAGUUUAUGAUCAUGACUAGUCUUGUUUAGUAGUUUAUUUUCUUCUCUUAAGCUAAGUUUUAAUUAGCAUGC